AUGGCAAAACUUGAAUUAAUGCGUGAACUAAGCACGCUCCACUGGCUAAGUGGCUCUGCUAUUGCUGUUGUCUUGAGUAUUUUCACAUGGGCAUUUUCCCGGCUCAAGCUUCACCCCUUGGCAGCUAUUCCGGGGCCACCACACUGGAUUCUCUCACGACUUCCAUUUGCCUGGGCUUUGCGGCAAGGAGAAUUCGUGCAUCGAAUUGCUUCAUUACACCAAGAGUACGGACCUGUCGUUCGCGUGGCCUCGAACGAAGUUUCCUUCGCCGAUGAAAGGGCGUGGGAUGCUUUUUACGCUCCGUACCGCAAGACAUCAUAUCUUCCUAAAAGUCCUUACUGCCGAGCAUGGACGUUUUCGUGGGGCAUUCGCGCCUGCUUUCACAGAGAAAUCAUGCGAGAACACGAACCCAUGAUCUUACAAAACGCCGACAUCUUGAUAUCUCAAUUGAAAACCGAAGCAUCAAAGAAUGCCCCCGUGGAUAUUGUCGAUUGGUUCGAGUACGCGGCUUUUGAUAUUGUCGGCGAUCUCGCCUUUAGCAAGUCUUUCCAUUCCAUGGAGGACAACGAAUUUCACUAUCUCGUCAACGCGUUACGAAGAGUCUUGCAUGCUUUCACACAAGCAGUUGUUCCUCGCAUUCUCGGACUUGAGAUGAUCUGGACAUGGAUCGUCCCCAGAGUCUCCCGACAGAAGCAGAUGGCUUACCACAAGUCAUUGAAUUACUUCACACACCAGAGACAAGCUCAAGGAGAGACGCCCGGUAAGAAAGAUUUGAUGACUUAUUUUACAGAUCGUGGAGACGGGAAGGGCCUAUCGAUAGCCGAGACUGAAAAUGCGAUUGGCGAUAUUAUGAUAGCUGGUAGUGAGACCGUUGCUAGCACACUCGCAGCUAUCUGCUACCAUAUAGUGAGAAACUCUGAAGCCUAUCGCCUCCUAACAACUGAAAUCCGACAAUCCUUUGAUCGAGAACAAAGUAUUAUAGCAUCUGCAGUUGCCGAGUUGCUAUGUCUCAAUGCAGUCAUGGACGAAGCCAUGAGACUGUGCCCUUCGCUGCCGAUGGUCAUGCCUCGAAUGGUGACCGAGCCUGGAAUGGAAGUGUGCGGCCACUGGCUGCCAUCCGGAACUCUUGUCACAUUUUGUCAACUAGCUGCAUAUACGUCCCCAACUAAUUUUGCCUCUCCGAAAGAGUUUAUCCCAGAACGCUGGCUGCCAGAUUCCCAAAUUAAGCCCCACAAUACCAACGUUUACCACCCAUUCAGUGUUGGUCCAAGGGACUGUGUGGGGAAGGCUUUCGGUUUUGCGGAAGUGCGGCUAAUAUUGGCUAAAUUGAUUUGGAAUUUUGAUCUGAGUCUCGGUGAAAAGGACUGGGAUUGGUACACCCAAAAAGCAUUCCUGGAAGAUCUCGGUACCGAUGUAAUGGUACGGAUCCAAUCGGCCGUUUCUAUUGGUGAUGAGGUUUAUGCGCUCACUGUGCCGGCAGAAAUCUUUCAAAUCGAGAAACUAUCUUUGGGCAAUCCUCUCAUCGAAAUUUUGGCAUUGGCUUACUGGAUGGACAACGCGCAUCAAAUCGUUAUUAUCUGCGAUCAGCUGGAUCCACUGAAAUUCUACCGUCAAUUUCAGAAUGCUGACAAACGGCAAGCUAUCGAGAGAGGGGGAGCCGACAACGAUUAUAAGUCACAGAAACUAACGAGGAUGCUUUUAAGUACAACAUCCUCCUACACUGCCACUGUACUUGCCGAUAAGAGCAAGAACGGGUCAACAACAUCCCAUAUCCCCAUUGUUUCUGGUGACGCUGAACCGUUGGAGCUAUAUGACAUUCCCUCCCACGAACCCGAUGCUGCACACUUGGCAAUUAGGCAGGGGAAGAGUUGGUCUGUUGAGGGGAGUAACGAAUAG